AUGAUCGGAGAUGCUGCUUUAAACGUUGGAGAACGUGCACGACAUCAGGAAGGCUUCAAGCAGUGGGUUAGUCACGGGAUUACUCACGAAGAGUUGGGGCUUGAUUGGAUUGGGGUUGUAGCCCUAGAUUUCGUUGUUGCGGAGUCAGAAAGUGGUGGUGCAUUGUCUGGUAGACCUGACCACACAGUGGUUGCGAGGUUGGAGACAUAUCUGAAAUCAUUGGGCUACGGUGUUUGGAUGUUUGUGAAGAAUGGAUAUAAAAUUCCUACGGGUGAUAGAACUGAUACAGUUGAACUCAAGAAGUAUGAAAACAAUUUUAAGGCUAAGAAUGUACUUCUGAGUGCAUUGGUCAACACUGAGUUUGCCAAAGUUGUUGGAUGUGAGACUGCUAAAGAAGUGUGGGACAAAUUACAGAAUGUCCAUGAAGGUGAUGAGAAGAUCAAAGAGGCAAAAUUACAAUACUAUAGGUCAUUGUUUGAUAAUUUGAAGAUGUCUAAUGAAGAUAUAGUGGAGAGCUUCAUGAGUAAAGUGAAUGAAAUUAUAAACGCCAUCAGAAGUCUUGGUGAGAAAAUCAAGGAUGCAAUGGUAGUAAAGAAGAUUCUCAGGUCCUUGCCGGAUCUCUAUAACCCAAAGGUGUCUGCUAUAGAAGAGUCAAAGAACUUGAAUGAGUUGAGUUUAGAUGAAUUGCAUGGUAUAUUGACUACAUAUGAAAUGAGAAUGGUGAAGCCUAAAUCCACAGAGAAGGAGGUUGCAUUUAAAGCCAUGAAGAAGUUGAAAAUUAAACAAGAAAAUGAUAAUGAAGAUUCUGAUGAUGAGCUUAUUGCCUACCUUGCCAGGAAGUUCAAGAAUGGUAAAGCAAGCAAUGACCAUCAAGAAGAGGAAGAAAAAUCUAAUGAGGAUGAAGAAUCAGAAGCUGAAGAUCUGAAAACUAUUUUUUAUACUACCUUAAAUGAGUUCAAGAUAGAAAGAAAGAGAAGCAAGAUGUUGGAGAGAAAAUCAGUCAACUAA